AUGGCACUAAACCUGGAGAAGCAGCUGCUUUUUUACGGCGCCUACCACAAUAAUCCCGUCAACGUCGCAAUCCAUAUCACUUGCGUCCCAAUCCUGCUAUUCACCGGCAUCGUCCUGGCCUGCAAUUGCCCACCCCUCUUCACGCUCCCAGACGCGCUCCAAAUCCAAUAUCUCCCCGCAAAUGCUGGCACGAUCGGCGCCCUCAUCUACGCCAUCUUCUACGUGCUCCUGGAACCUAUUGCUGGUGGUCUCCUCGCCCCCGCCGUGAUCGCAGCUGCAUACUACGGAAACUACUUCCUCGGAACCUAUGGCAACACCGUGAACUACUGGGCCGGCGGCAUCCACAUCGUCUCUUGGCUGGCGCAGUUUGUCGGACACGGCGCGUUUGAGAAGCGAGCCCCUGCGUUGCUGGAUAACCUUGUCCAGGCUAUCCUGCUUGCUCCGUUAUUUGUCUGGAUAGAGGUUCUGUUCUUCUUUGGCUAUCGCCCGGAGCUGCAGGAACGCUUUGAAAAGGGUGUUGAGCUUGAGAUCCUGAAGUUCCGGAAUCAACAGGAGUCUGAAAAGGAGAAGGGCAAGGCCAAGGGGAAGGGAAAGGCGCAGUAG